AGGUAAAACAGUAAAUUGGAACAUGCAAGCUUAAGUGAAUUUUUUUAGUAUUUUGUUUGAUCAAAUGGAUGUUUUGAGUGGUUUUGACUAGAUUUGGAUCGAAGGGAUGUUUUGGGUAUUUUUUUUGUCUUCUUAAGUUUAUUUGGGUUUAAAAAUAUGUUGGGUGAGUUGAAAGGUGUAGCAGUGGCCUGAAAGCUCCUUUUCUUCUGUUAGGAUCUGACAUUUUGUCUUGCAAGCCGCCGUGUAGUUUGUUAGAAUAUAAAACUGUGGAAACUGAAGUAAAAUGAAAAAGUGAAUGCAGUAAAAUUCCGAAUAGGAACUACCUUGGGCAUGCGUCCUUGUUUGUCAGUGGCCCAUGUACAACACUGCUAGAAUUUUUGGGAGCUCCGUAGAUUAGUGCCUGAAAUGCUGCUGUUAUCGUCUUCUGCAAACCCUGCAGAUUUUCUCUUUUCGCUGUGAGAGGGACUUGAAGCAGAUCACAGGCAUUCAUUACCUUUGGAUUUGGAUCAGGAAUAUUUGCCAGUUUUCUGGAGAGAAGGCUGUUUUGGCUUCCAAAAAUGUUGGGUUCUCAAAUAUGGUUUGGAGGCAAGAGACUCAAAUGUGUCGGUGUGGGCUCAGGGUUCUGUUUUCCAGCUAGGGUUAAUGCCAUAGGCGAAUUUUUGUAAGUUGGGUGUGAAGUAAAUGCACUGUGCAUGUGUCGGUAAAGCUCAACCCAUACACCUAUAGUUUCAGUCAGCCAGGCAUGUAGUCUAGUUUGAUAGCUUUCAUUUUGAAUCUGCUCUGUUACGUGUUUGGCUCUCAAAAUGUUUCUGGGGAUUGGGUAGUGUUUUUCACUUGUGGCAAUUUAGAUGGGUCUAUACAUGGCAAAAUUGAAUCCCCUUGUCAAAAAAAUCAUGUACUGAAUGGUGAAAGACGAACAUUGUGGCAAAUUCCUUGGCAAGAAGUACAUGAUAUAAUUGAGAGAAUUGUUAGUUUAGUACCUGCAUUUAAGGGUCUUUGGUCAAAAUGGAUGGCCGGAGUUGGCCUUGGAGGAGAAAGUCUUCGGACAAAGUUGGUGGCUCAAUUGGGAGCUCAGAGUCGUCUCCUGGACAUUCAACAAAUUAUUCGGACGAUCAGGACACUUCCAAAGCUGGUGCAGAUCAUCUUCAAAUGUCAGACGACACGAUGAUGGCAUGCCAGGUAUCAGAGGAAAGAUUAAAGAGUUUGAAUGAGAAGCUGUCACAGGCCCUUUUAGACAAUACUGUCAAAGAUAAUUUAGUGAAACAGCAUGCUAAAGUUGCAGAAGAAGCUGUUUCAGGUUGGGAGAAAGCCGAAAAGGAAGCAAUGGCUUUAAAGCAACAAUUUGACACUGUAACACAACAAAAGCUUGCACUUGAAGAUCGAGUAUCUCAUUUGGAUGGUGCUUUAAAAGAGUGCAUGAGGGAGCUUAGGAAUGCAAGAGAGGAACAAGAACAGAAACUUCACGAGGCUAUGGUGAAAAAGACCAGAGAAUGGGACAAAUCAAAAUUUGAGCUCGAUUCUAGAAUAGUGGAACUGGAGCAGCUGCUAUAUGAGGCAGAAGCAAAAAAUAAUACAGCAUCCACAUCUCUUCAGGAAAACUCAAAAGCAUUAUCUGAUUUACAAGAAGCCAGAAACCAAAUUGUGUCCGAGGCCAAAGUUCUUCAAACUAAACUUGAGAUGUUAGAAAGCGAGAAUGGUGGCCUCAAAUAUAAACUUCAUGCACUUAAUAAAGAAGUGGGUAUGAUAAUUGAUGAAAGGGAUAUUACUAAGAAAUCUGCCCAGGCUGCUAGCAAGCAGCAUAUAGAUACAGUUAAAAAAGUUACCAAGUUGGAGGCCGAGUGCCAGAGGCUGAGAGGUCUACUUAAAAAACGAUUACCAGGGCCUGCUACACUGGCUCAAGUGAAAUUGGAAGUAGAUACUGCUGGAAGGGAAUCUGGAGAUAUCAGGUUGAGGAAGUCACUUAGUAAGGGUGCUGGUUCACCACGUUCUUCAGUAGAGACAUUAAAUGAUAAACAUCAAGAGCAUUCUCAGAGAGCAAUUGACUACCAUACAGGAAAAGUGCUGGCAAUAGAAGAAGAGAAUAAGAUGCUAAAAGAUGCACUCUCAAAGCAAAACAGUGAGCUAAAGGCUUCUAGAGUCAUGUGUGCUAGAAAAGCUGCAAAACUCUCCACAGUUGAACAACAGUUGGACUAUUUUAGGCGAAGGCAAGGGAAACCCGCUCUUGAGUUGCAUUUGGAAGGAUCAAGAAGUGAAAGCACAAGCAAUCCACCAAGCUUGUCUUCUAUUUCUGAAGAUGGGAAUGAUGGUGACCCUAUUUGUGCAGAGUCAUGGGCUUCGGCACUGAUUGUGGAGCUGGAUCAUAUUAAAAUAGAAAAGGUAACUGGUAAAGUUGAAAAGCUCAGUGAUGUGCCCAAGGUAGAUUUGAUGGAUGAUUUCCUUGAGAUGGAGAGAUUGGCUUCCAUGGAUUCAACUGGAAUAGAUCAGGCAGGAAUAGGAAAAUUAGAUGAACUAACUGACAAGAAUGUUCCAGGAAGUUUUGGUAUUUUGCCUAUUCAAGAAGAUAGAGCUUUGUUAGAAGAAGCUCUUGCACAAAAAGAGUCCAAGCUUCAAGCUGUUAAUCAGGAAUGCUCCGAAUUGUUGAAAAAACAGAAUGUUUUGCAAGAAAAUCUAACUGUUUUGCAAGCUAGAAACACUUGGAAUGAAUCUGCCCUAGUUAGUCUCAAAGAAAAGCUUGAUAUAAUCCUUGCUGCUGAUGCUGAGGGUGCAGACUUGCACAAAAUACUGGAUGAGGUCAAAUGUGCCAUGACAAUAGAUGCUGAAAGUGCUAGAGAUUCUCAGACAUGCGUUUGGUCUUCUGUGAAAGCUGACUUCACUUCUCUUUCUGAUACUGGGAGUAGAAUUAGUGCCAUUGAUGUAGAGUUUGCAACUGCUGUUGCCAGUGUUGUUAAUUUUUUGCAAUCUAUAGCUCAAGACCCUGAAAAGACUCCAAAGUUUAAAGCAUCAGAUACUGACAAACUAGUUGUUAGAAUUCAGGAGUUUGCUCAGUUAGUGGAUCACUUUUUACGGUGCAAAGCAAACAUUACAGAGUUAAUUGUUGAACUUAUUUCUUUGUUAUCUCAAUUUAGGAAAAUGUUUGCUCUCGAUUCCAGUGAAAUCCUCCAAAAUGAAGCCACAGAUUUUGACAAUCAAUUGCCCAACCUGAUGCAGUCUAGUUUUCUUCGUAAUUUGAUUAGUACAGAUAUUCUUUCAAGACAAGAAAGUGCUCAGGGCCCUUCAGGAGAAGAAAAGGCUAAUAGCCUACGCUUUCAACUGGCUGGUGGCAAUUUAUACAUAAUCCGGAAGCUUAACAGAAUUCAAGUGGAAAAGACAUCAUUGGAAUCUGAGUUGAAGGCCCAGGUGAGCAGACUUGGAGAUUUGGAAGAGGAGCUUAUGUGCGUCAUGAGUGAGAAUGCAAAUCUAGAAACAGUCUUGGCUGCAACUAAAGAGAAUCUUGGACAUGCAGAGCAUCAGCUUACUGAGCUUAUGCGUGUCAAGAGUGAGAAUGCAAAUCUAGAAACAGUCUUGGCUGCAACUAAAGAGAAUCUUGGACAUGCAGAGCAUCAGCUUACUGAGUUAAAAGAGGAGCUCAUAUGCAUCAAGAGUGAGGAUGCUAAUCUGGAAAUAGCCUUGACUGGAACAAAAGAGAAGCUUGAUCACACACAGUAUCAACUUACAGAGUUGAAGGAGGAACUUUUGCAUUUGAGGAGUGAGAAUGCUAAUCUAGAAGCAGUCCUAGCUGCAACGAAAGAGAAACUUGAAAACACAGAAAAUCAACUUACUAAAUCAGAACAAAUGCUGGCAAACUUGCAAGUGCAGCUUGAAUCUGCUAAGGAAUCAAAACAGUUAUUAGAGAACGAACUAGCAGCCAUGAUUUCACAUAAAUCCAAUAUUGAAUCUCAAUUCAAGGCAACAGAAACUGAGAUGAAAGGGCUGUCUGAAAAAGUGGAUGCUUUAGAGUUGGAGCUUCAGGAAGAGCGCAUGCAAUGCAAAGAUGCUAUUACCAAGUGCGAGGUUUUGCAGGAGCAUUUACAAAGGAAGGAACGAUUUUCUGAGUAUUCCAAAAAUUCUGUAUCAGAGGAAGAUGAAAUUAGAAAGAGACAGGAAAUGUACAAAGCUGCUGCUGCAGGGAAGUUUGCAGAAUGUCAAAAAACAAUACUUGUUCUCAGCAGGCAGUUGAAGGCUCUUGCUUCGCCAGUAGACUCCUUGGAAUUCUCAUAUGACACAGAAAAGAGAGCUGAAAGGGAUCAAGCAUUUGAACUGGAUUCUCCUUGGAGUCAUCAUAGCCAAACUGCCUCGUGGGCAUCUGAAGUUGAGAUUUCGAGCACGUUAACUGGCAGAGAAGUUACUCGACAGUGGACUGGUGAAUCUGUCAGAAUCGCUCCUGAUAUAUAUAAAGGGAAUACACUGGAUGCACACUCUCAUGCAGAUUAUAUAGAUGGUCAAUUUACAAUGCUUAGUUCAUCGGAUACAGAAGAAAACUCGCCAACAAGGUCUCCCACAAAGUCCGGUACUCUUAGAAACAGGAGCUUCUUAGAAGGAAAUGAGUUUUCUAAGCCUGUCAAUGUAACUGGGGGAGAGUCACCUACAUCAUCUUCAUCCUCCUCUUCUUUGGCAUCUGCUUUCUUUUCAAAGGAACAUAAUUAGCUCAGAUGAGUUCUCUGUAUUGUGCACUGAGGGGUUUGGAAUCAACCAGAAUGCACGUAGUUCCAAACAUUCUACAACCAGUUGUAUACAUCCUGCUGUGUUGGAACUUCUACAUAUAGUGAAAGCAAUUAAUGUUUUCAAGGUAUAUCUAUAACAACGAAUGUGCUGGAGCUAUACCAGAUUUGCAGAUUUGUUCAUAUAUGUAACUAAUUCAAUGGUGAAGAUUCACCCAGUUACUAACUCUCAAAGUUAUUGAAUCUUGUAUUACAUUGACAUGUCAUUAAGCCUCAUUCUACAUUUAGUCAGCUGUUUUUAUGCUGGUGGAAAUCAAGGGACUUCUCAAUUUGAAUA